AUGAGUUCGCAAUUAAUCUAAAUGUGCAAGAGAUUUGUAAAUCUUUGAUAACACGAACUAGUGAACAGUUGAUGGGUGAGAGCAAAAUAGUAAGAACUUGCUCGCUGUAAAGUUUGAAUUGCGAUGAAACUCGAGCGCUAAUUAUAGACAGCAAUUACUUAAAUUAAACGGGUACACCAUCUCAGUAAUCUAGUCCAGUUGCUAAUUAAAGGACUAGUUAAGAAGCUGAUAAACAAAUCCAUAACUUUGUAAAGACGGUCCCAGUAAUUGAAAGCAUGACUGGAUGUAGUGCUGAUGCGACAACAAAUAUUGAGUUCCAUGGCGAAAAAGUGUUUGUCUUAAGAGUGCGACAGGCUAUAAUUUGCUUUGGCCCCAUACUGAUAACUAUAAGUCUGGGACUAGCAGAAGGUUAUUCAGCAAUUCUUCUGCCCCAACUGGUAAAGGAUGAAAACUGGCACAUCAAUUCAGAAUUGAGUUCGUGGAUCGCAUCAAUUGCAACCCUUCCAAUGUCGGUGGGUUGUUUACUUGGAGGAUGGUUGAUGGAAGUAAUAGGCAGAAAAAUGCUCCAUUUGGUAACGUGCGUUCCUAACAUUAUCGGAUGGUUGUUAAUUGGAUGUUGUGGCCAAAACCUAACAAUGUUGCUUGCAGGGCGAUUUAUUACAGGAAUGUGUGUCGGUGUUCUCAGCCCUGUUCUGGUCAUUUACGUAGCUGAAACCUCCGAUCCAUCAUUCCGUGGCUUUCUGCUUCCAGCUCUUUCUCUGGCUCUAAAUAUCGGCAUUGCUCUCGCUCACAUUUUGGGAACAUAUCUCGAAUGGAAACUAGUCGCUCUCUUAGCGCUCAUAUUUCCUUCGGGCUGCUUCAUCCUGAUGCUUUUUGUGCCCGAAUCGCCGACGUACUUAAUCAAAAAAGGGAAACCUGAAAUGGCAAAAAACGCAUUCGACUGGUUUCGUGGGCAUUCUGUGGAAUCAAAUGCUGAAUUUGCUAUUCUAUCAUCCAAGCAGAUAGAUGAAUCGUCUUUGUCCAGACAGACUUUUUUGCAACACCUGGAAGUGUUCAAGCGGCCGGAGUUUUACAAACCGCUGUUGAUCUUAAUGAUCUUCUUCAGCACGAUGCAGUGGGCUGGCAAUAAUCCCAUUGCUUUUUACACGGUCACUAUUCUUCAGGGCUCUUUGGGAGACUCUUCAAUCAACCCAUACACAUCGAUGCUCAUUAUGGACGGUGUGAGAAUAUUUGCUUCGGUAUUGGGUUGCUUUGCUCAACAGUAUCUGAAGAGGCGAAAGCUCAUGAUGAUCAGUUGUUCUGGAACGACAAUUUCCCUACUGGUUUUAAGUCUGUAUUUGUUUCUAAAUGGGCGAUAUCCAUCUGACGCUGACCUAUCAUGGAUUGUAGUCGCUUCCUUUGUGGGCUACGUGCUGUUUAUCAAUGCCGGUUUGCUGCCUUUGCCCUAUUCAAUGAGCGGAGAGCUGUUCGCUCAAUCUUCUAGGGGUUUAGGCAGUGGAAUCGUCACUUUAUACAAUAUGAUUCUGAUGUUCAUUUUGGUAAAAAUUACCCCCUCAUUGUUCGAAGGGUUAGGACCAGCCGGAACGUUUCUGCUCUUUGCAAUUUGCUGCUUUGUUGGUAUGGGGCUGCUUAUAGCAACUCUUCCAGAAACCAAAGACAAGCCACUGCAUGAAAUAGAGGAAUGUUUUAAGGGAAGCGAUGCACGGUAUCCAAAUCUUCGGCAAAUGCUUUAAAUGUUUCAAAAAUAUAAAGAUUUGGAAGCACGUUUAAAAAAACUACUUUUUGGUUAGAAUUGUUGAAACUGAAGGGCCAAUUUUUUUGGAGAGAGAUAUUCGCUUUCAGAUACUAAAAAUUUAGAAGACAUUUUGGGAUAUCUACCACUAGAAUCAAUAAAAGGAUUUUAGAAAGAAAAAUUUAAGCAAACUGCAAAUCGCUAUCGAUGUGAUUAUAGCCGAUAAAAUAGAUUCUGCUUCAUUGAAAAUUGGCUCUUUUGAGCCCGUUUCAGAUGUGACUUUAAACCACUUUAUUGGUGUUGUCAGUUCCAUUUGAUUUCGCCGACUUAUAAUUUGAUCAACCUUUCUAUAUGAUUAAGACCAUUUUUCUUUCGGUUUUCCAUAUAUGUUGAGGAGGAGCAGACCUCCCGGGAGCUUUGCACCCGCCAGUAAAACGAAUUGUAGAGCGAUUGGUAAAAAAGCCGAAAAUGCAAAUAUUCCCUUUCAGAAGAAGCACAUUAUCGAGACUUCUUUUGUGAGUUUAUUUUAGGCUUUAUUGGCGGCGAAUUACCCGGGAAAUUGACAGUGGAAAAAGGGUUUAAGUUUUAUAUUUUCCAGGCCAUCAGCUAUUCAUGGGCUGCUGAUAACAUGAUGUAGCUUAAUACGGUGUUUUUCUGCGGGCUUUUUUUAAAUUGUCUGCAUAAUAGUCCUUGGAACUUAUGUAAACAUCUCGUCAAAGUCCAGAUAGGAUAGAUAUGUUCGAAAUCAUAUUAUUAAAGUUGUUUGUGUACAUUGA